GAGCAUCUAGUAAACAAGAAAAGACCAAAAAUUGGAUAGUUGGUGAUGGCUCUUGUGGGUAGCAGCUUCUUGCCAAAGGCCACUGUCAAUUUGCCAAACUUGAAGCCAUACCAGAGAAAUAAAGCUUCUACCAUAAAGUGUGCUACGAAUCGACCUGCGCCACAACCAAAACCUGAAAAGAAGCCUCCAAAGAUCAAUAGCGUUAUGACAGUUAUGAGAAGCAAUGAAUAUAGAGAGGAGAUUGUUAUGACUUCUAAUGGCUUGAAUGUUGUUGAAGAAAAUAAGCAAACUGAAGUACUGCUUGAUUCUACUGCUAUGACUAUAAAGACUGCAAAAAUAACAAAAACAACUAAGCCUUGAUCCAAAACUAUGUUGGGAUUGAUGCUCUUG